AUGUGUACUGUCCGUGACGUGGUAGCUCGAGCGACAGCUCUGACUCCUACAGAGGCUGAACGUACGACGGUUGCCGCACUACUUCUGAAAGUAAAAGCAGCAAUCGAGAAAGUAAUGACUACACCUGAUUGUGUGCCGGGAGUGAGAUUCGAGGAAUAUCGUGAGGUCGGAUCGUUCAAGAAGGAUACGGCUUUAACCGGGCACACUGUAGCUGAUGUUGUGAUUAUAAUGCAGACACUUCCUACAUUCGAAGCAGUAGCUGCAUUGGGAAACAAACUUGCAGAAGAGCUUCGUGCUCAGAAGGAAGGUAUUUUCUUACCUGGAAGUCCCACCCUGUUCGAUCCAACCGAACCCGGAAUGCGUAUCGCUUAUGAUCUCUCAUUUGAAGAUAUGGAUCUCGUCUGUAGUACUGCACAAACACUGCUUCGAGUUAUUUGUAAUGGAGGACAUGCUGCUGUGCUGGGAAUGGAUCCUUCGAAACUUGGAGUUGAUCUUAGCAAAGAGGUCUCCAUAUGGAACGGUGUAGCUGUGUCUCCUCUGGAAGUCGCAUAUGUUGAGGACUGUAUGAAGCCCAAGUUUUGUGAAGCCGACGAGGCCCUGGAGAUAGAGGCACGAGCUUGA